UGAUUUUAGCGAAGUCAAACGUCUUGGUCCCGCUACACCACACUAAGAUAUUUUUUCAGCUGAGUACCCCCUUCACCGGCACAAAACAUUUUGGGGAGAAAAAUAAAGAAAUAAUAUGAAUAAUAUAUGUGCGUUCUAUUUGGCAGCGUAAACACGAACAUUAAAAGGGUCACGUUCUAACCACUUGUCCUUUUUCUUUAUUUUCUAGAGCUGGUUUUACUGGGGGUGGUGCUGGUGCUACUGGGGGUGGUGGUGCUACUGGAAAUGGUGGUGCUACUGGAGGUGAUGGAAGGAGAAGCCCGCCUCGAGAUAAAGUCAAGAUUUGCCUGUUCUUCCUCGAAGGCAACUGUAUCCACCCCAGAGAAAAAUGUUUCGGAGCCCAUUACAGUCUGCCUUACAGCUGGGAAGUUCUGGAGGGCAAUCAGUGGACGCUGCUGGAUAGCUCAGAGAAGAUAGAAGAGGAUUACUGUAACCCCAAAAAAACAUAUAGCACGGUCGAUGUAGAAGCGGUGUGCUUUGGCACCAUGACGUGUGGACUCCAGAAGGCCAGGCGUCUCUCCUCCAUCUCCUCAGUCCUCAUGCCUACCCUCCUACUCGCCACUGAGUGGCUCUGGUACUGGGAGGAAGGGAAUGGGAACUGGAACCAGUACGAUUCACCGCCCAACAGCAGCACAGAGCUGGAGCAGAAGUUCCAGAACGACCCCCAGGAGGUGGUGGAGUUCACCGCAGGGUCCCAUGCCUACACACUCAGCCUCCAGGACAUGAUCCAGACCAAUAAGAGACACGGCACCAAGAGGCUGGUGAGGCGACGGCCUCGCUUCCUGUCCUCUGACGACGUGCAGGACAUCAGGACAAGGUGCGUUCCACCUGGAGGACGGACGAGAAGAGAAGUCAAAUGUCUUGGUCCCGAUACACAAGUGGCUCUCAAACUCUUUCUACUAGUACGGGUGAUCCCGAUGGAAGUCCCGGAUGAGCGAGGCAUCCAGAAUACGACUCCGGGGAACCCAGGAGAGCUCCUCAGGACCAUACCCCUCCCAGUCGACGAGGUAUUGGUGACCACGGCCGCGGCGUCGUACCUCCAGAUGGGUGGAGUGGGGGCGGAGCGGAGAGAGACAACGGGCUGGUGGAGACGGGCUUGA